UAGAUUUGAAUAAUGAUUGAUGACAGCUUGACUGGUCUGGUAUUAAAUUGGUAAUGGAUCCACCACCUAGAUUCGUAUAAAGAAAGAUGUCAUGUUUCAGAGCAGUUCUCCUCACCAGUACCAGUAGGACUCCCUCCUGCCGUGUGUUGUCAUGUCGCCUUGCACAUACCACUACAGCAGUUGUUAGUUGUGAGGGCAAUCGGUCCCGUGUUCAUGGCAGCGUGGAGAAGAUGGUGAGAGUAAACCAUGCUGGGGAGCAUGCUGCUGUUAUGGUGUGUGCAGGAAAAGCUCUAAUGAAUGGGAGAUCGAGAUCAAAAGUGGAGGCAUUAAAGCGAAGACAUCAACUCAAAGAAAACAAUGCUGGAUUCUUUGAAAAUGAAGUUAAACACAGAAGAGUUCGACCAAGUCUGUUACUUCCUCUUUGGGAUAUUGCUGGGUUUACUCUAGGUGUGGGGAGUACAUUUCUUAGUGAAAGGACUGCAGUAAGAUGCACAAUUGCAAUACAAGAAGCCACAUCAAGUCAUUACAACAGUCAGCUGAGAGAGCUCAUAGCCAAUAACCUAGGAGAUCAGCAACUACUAGAAGGUAUCAGCAAUUGCAGGGAUGAGGGUGGUAUGGAGAUUGAGCCUUCUACUGAGACACUGAUGACCGAUUCCUUAACUCAGUUGGUGAAGACCAGUUAUAUGUUCGCUGUGUGGCUAUCUGAACGAUUAUAGACAUAAUAGAUUCCUUUGUUUGAAUAUCAUGAUUAUUGUGGAUUAUAGGCAAUCCUGCUCUCAUGCAUGCAUACCUACAUGUUUAUAACAUAAUAAUAAUUAUUAUUAUGUUAUGUCACUAUGAAAUGGUUAGUUAGAAGCCUAUUA